AUGGCGGAAAUCGAGCAUAAAAAGGUAUGAAAAGGAUCUUUUUUAUUUGUUUCUAGAGUAUCCAUCGAUCCACGAAAUUAAUCUUGUACAUCUGUCAUUUUUUCUUUUAAGCUGGUGUUAAAUAUGCAAGAAAAUUUGCAUAUAUAAACAUACAUAAUUUUAAUAUACUGUACAUCUCUCUUGACUCUAGCUCUUGUGUAAAAAAAUUUACAUGUUGUCUUUUCACCCUUUUGUGUACAAUAAUAUUAAAUAGGUCCUUCUGCAUUUUGGAGAAACUCGAAAGAAGCUGAUGGUCAUAAACCCAAAGUGUUCAAAUAUAUUCGAACUCAUUGAGCAGGCUAAACUGCUAUUUGGUAUCAGUGACCCUGUUGACCCUGGCCCUUCCAAUCAAACCCGCUUUUAUUUCCAACGCUUCGAUGAAGCCUGGAACGAAAACAUCGACGUUGAAAAUUUGAAUGAAAUCCAGAACAAAGAUAAAAUUUUUCUUCUGACAGAAAAUGUAAUUGGAGAGGAACAAGAAAAGCAAAAGGUAUUUACAUUUUUAGAUAUUAUAAAUAUCCAGCUUUUAAUAAACAUAAACAGGACUAUUUUAGAAAUUCAUUGUCCAGUAGAUCAGCAGAACUCUAAUAGGAACGCCAGUUGCCUUGUAUCAUUUAUUAGCCUGAUUAGGUUCUUUCAAGUCUCAUCUUCGUACUCUGUAUUUAACCAAGUUAUCGUACUAUGUGCCUCCGUAUAAAUUGUGUCGACACAUUGUGAUUUGUCGGAUCAUGUGGUCGAACCGGUCUAUCGCAUUAAUAUAGUUCCUGACUAAUUAUGUUUAAUACAUAUAAUUUACAUGAUGUUCUCCAAAAUUAUUAUUUGGGUAAUUUUAACUGAUAGAUCCACAUGGUUGGUGAGUAAGAUUUAAAUUUACGUCAUAAAGCUACGUAAGAUUUAAACCUCAGGUAGUUGUUAUUUUUAACUGUGUUUUAUUUCUUCAUAGAAUGCACAAUUAGUCGAGAGUGGAGAUCUUCAUUCAGGUACCACAUGUCUUCAAGCUUAUUACUGUAGGAAAUUGUAAUUUCUCCAGAUGGUUAAGCGUUUAUUAGUUAGAGGGCAUUGGAAAUUGUAUUGCAAUAAAAAAAUGCAACCACCUACAUAUUGUAUGAAAGUACUGUAUAUCUGAAAGACUUUUUAAUAGUUGGUAAUACAUUCAACUCUGCACAUUUCUUUGCUGUAGUUGCUGUUGAUGAGCAUUGUUCAAAAUCGGGACAAAAAACCUUGAUUGCAAAAGGAGGUUCCCUUUGCCUUGGACCAAAGUUGCGAGUAAGUCUGAGGUCAUUGAUUAGCAAUAUUUCUAGUACGAGUCAUAUAAUUUGCAAGAUAUUAUAAAUUUAAAACUCAAUAAAUUCAAAUACUGUGAUGAUAAUAUUCCUUCAACGUCUUCAUCCCAACAUUUUUUUCUAAUACAGGGGAUUAUAAUUAAAUAAUUUUGGAACAGAAACUACUGUAAAAACCCCACAAAACACAUAACUACUGUAUGUCAAAGUGCGUUUUCAAAUUAUCCUGUAUUUUUCACCUUUUGCAAUUUUAUGGCCAUUGAUUUCAACCUGUAAACUGUUUGAUAUUUUUAGGAAAUUGUAAAGAAAGUUAAUAUACAGUGGUUCCUUUUUGCUAUUAUUAUAUAUAUAAUUAUACAAAAUUAUAUAUCAUUAUAAUAUUAUCAACCUUUGCAUGCAAUAGCUAUACCCAUGCUCUAUAUACAUAGGUAAGGUCAGUUAUUUACCCAUUCUCUCUGCGAAAUAUAUGUAGCUACCUCUCUGAUUUUUCUCUGCAUGCAGCUCCAACUGUAUUGUUUCAGGACUUUGAUUUGGCAACUGUAUAAGUAAAGAUCAUAUAAAUCUAUCUAUCUUUAUUUGUUUUUUAGACUGAAAAAAUAACUGAAGAAAUAUGCAGCGAAGCUUUGAUAUCGGAUGAGAUGCUUGAAAGCCAAAGCAAGAUAUUUGGACUGAACAAUCCUUCCAUGAUUCUAAAUGACUAUCAAGAGGCAGUCAACCAGGCAAGCCUAAAAUUAUGUAAAGCUAAUGUUGCAUUGCUGCAGAAACGCGGAGUGCUUUUAGAGAAAGCACGAGAGAAAGUAGAUGAUGAGGGAUAUAACUAUAAGAAAAAGAGGUCUAGGUCUAUAAAAUUUGGACCUGAAUCAUCUACACUUUCAAAGCCUAAGAGAAAAUAUGUCCAAUCCGACUGCAGAGACGAGGAAAUGAAAAAGAUAUCUUUUGCCAUUCAGUCAUAUGACGAAACAAUUGGCCUUCUUCAAAAACAAAAGUUGAAAUAUACCAAUUCUGAAAGAUUUCUGGAAGCUGUUGAGAUUAACAAAAGAAUCUUAGCCACUACAGAAGAAAAACAAAAGAAGGUCAAUGAAAUGGAGAUUUUAAAGAAAGCUAUUGUAAGGUCCAACUUGGCUAUAAAGAAGAAUAAAAGGGUUCCAAAGCAAAGCAAAAUGUCAUCAACCACAUUAAAGAUGUCUCCUCUUAAAUCCUGGUUGAAUUCCAAAGGCUCAAAUGAUAGCAGCGGGGAUGAUACUGAGAGUUUGUCGUCUGAUUCUGAAAGUGGAGAUGAUUUGGUAAUACUUUGUACAAAAGCAUCAGAAAGAGAAGUAUCAGCUGAACGCAAGGAUGAAUGGAUGGAAGUUACUAAUCAUGAUAGCAAUGCAAAUGAAGCUUCGUGUAGCACAGCGUUUCCUAAUGAUUCUCCUAUUUUGGAUGAAGUACAUGAAACGGCAUGUCGCCGAGUCUCUGCUAGUGAACCUCCCGUUUUGGAUGAAGUACAAGAAGAUACCUCACAUUGUUCUGAUUUUUUAUGA